GACGUGGGGUUGAAGUAGUUAAUAAUAGCAACCGGGCCCUGAAAGGAGGAAAUCGGAGUCUGUGGUCAAAGAGAUAUAUGUAUAUAUGUAUAGACUCUUUCUGCUUCACGCACUUUCGUAUAUAUUUUUUUGUACAUUGUAAAGCCGAGGAAGACUGUUUCAUAUUUUAACAGCAUUAACCAAGGCGCAAGUUAAGUUAAGGUUUUUUUUUUACAUUAUAGAAAUAUAAAUCACGAUGUCUGCUUCCGCGGUGUUCAUUUUGGAUAUGAAAGGAAAGGUGCUGAUCAGUCGGAACUACAAAGGUGACGUCGACACGACGGAGAUUGACCACUUCCUGCCUCUGCUGACGCAACAGGAAGAGGAGGGGCUAACCUGCCCGCUCCUCUCGCGUGGGAAAGUGCACUUCCUGUGGAUCAAGCACAGUAAUCUGUACUUGGUGGCUCUCACCAUGAAGAACUCCAACGCCUCCCUGGUUUACUCCUUCCUUUACAAGCUAGUCGAGGUCUUCACCGAGUAUUUCAAGGAGCUGGAGGAGGAGAGCAUCCAGGAUAACUUCGUGGUGGUUUAUGAGCUGCUGGACGAGCUCAUGGACUUCGGCUUUCCCCAGACGACCGACAGCCAAAUCCUGCAGGAGUACAUCACUCAGGAAGGGAACAAGCUGGAGGUCACCAAGCUGCGUGUGCCCAACACUGUGACCAACGCCGUGUCCUGGCGCUCCGAGGGCAUAAAAUACAAGAAGAACGAGGUCUUCAUCGACGUCAUUGAGUCCGUCAACCUGCUGGUGAACGCCAACGGGAACGUGCUGAGCAGUGACAUCGUGGGCAGCGUCAAGCUGAAAGUGAUGCUGUCGGGGAUGCCGGAGCUCAGACUGGGUCUCAAUGACCGGGUCCUCUUCGGGCUCACCGGCCGAGACAAAGGCAAGUCGGUGGUGAUGGAAGACGUCAAGUUCCACCAGUGUGUGCGACUGUCCCGUUUCGAGAACGACCGCACCAUCUCCUUCAUCCCUCCCGACGGAGACUCCGAACUCAUGUCCUACCGCAUCAACACCCACGUAAAACCGUUGAUCUGGAUCGAGUCUGUGAUUGAGAAAUUCUCCCACAGCCGAGUUGAAAUCAUGGUGAAGGCGAAGGGUCAAUUUAAGAAGCAGUCGGUCGCCAACAGUGUUCAGAUCUCGGUGCCCGUUCCCAGCGACGUCGACUCGCCGCGGUUCAAAACCAGCGUGGGCAGCGCCAAGUACGUGCCGGAGAAGAACGUGGUGAUCUGGACCAUCAAGUCAUUCCCAGGUGGGAAGGAGUUUCUCAUGAGAGCUCACUUCGGACUGCCCAGCGUGGACAAAGACGAGCUGGAGGGGAGACCGCCCAUCACCGUGAAGUUUGAAAUCCCCUACUUCACUGUGUCUGGGAUCCAGGUGCGAUACAUGAAGAUCAUAGAGAAGAGUGGCUACCAGGCUUUGCCCUGGGUCAGGUACAUCACUCAGAGUGGAGAUUACCAGUUGAGAACAAACUCCUAGAAACGACUCGAUCGAAGGAACCAGAGUGCAAUUCCAGAGCUGAGAUCAAGUGCCUUCUGAACUUUACUUGCAGUACAAAUUUCAAUACCAAACACCGUUUGUGAUUCAUACUUUUUAUAUAUAUAUAUAUAUAUAAUAAUGACAAAACUUUUUUUUUUUUUAUGAAUGUAAUUUUUUUUUUUUUCUAAUAUCAUUGCAACACUCCUCCAAAAUAACAAACUCUCCAGCAUCGCUGUUGGAAAGGGAAGGGCUGGUCUUUAUUAGACCCCCACAUCGGAUCCUUGAUAUACCCUCCACCAGUCCUAUUGAGAUUGCUCGCAUCCCUACAGUAACACUCGGAACAGAAGAUUCAAAGUGGCACGUGGUAUAUCUGCAUGGUCACUUAGAAGUCUGACCUUUACCAUUAUAUUAAAUUUCUUGUACAAUACAAUAUAACCACGUUAACAAUUCUAGGGCAAAGGGUUUAAAAGACAACACGGAACCACUGGAAUUAUCAUAAAUAUAUAAGGGAAGCCUGUGUUGUGUUUUUUUUUUAAUAUUACAUGAAACAUGUGUGGUGGUGGAUGGUAUGAUCUUAUAAUUAACCCCACGACCCGUCUUCGUGUUUAGCACAGAGAGAACGAGAGGGUGAGUUUAGUACAGGAGAUGGGGAGCCUUGCUUUACACACAGAGUUAGAAAUGCAUGGAACAGCCCGCCGCUAGGAUCUAAAACACAAGAAACAUU